AUGAUCACGCCUCCAUGGAAGCUGGACGACUUUGCAUGGGAGCAUAUCGCGCGUCUACCCGACGAUGAAAAGGAAUACGGCUUGGCGACAUUUCAGCAUUACUACUACAACUCGUACAAAGUUCCAUGCGUCGCUACAUUUCUCAUAUGGGCAUGCUUCCUUACACUCGGCCUAGCCUCGGGGUUGAGCGCAUUCAUCCAGCACUUCUUCCCUCAUCAACAUCAUGUGAUAACACGAAGGGCAGGUUGGUGGAGGGUCAACGUCUCAGAGCAUCCGCUCGUCUCUGAAAAGCAUUCACAAGCCGUCGCUUGCGGCAAAGGGAGCUUUGCCUGGUUGACCGUUCACCUCCCGCUUCGCCUCGAAGCCGCACUUUUGGUCGUCAUGCUGGCCCUCAAUGUCGUCCCGCUCUGCACAUUCUACUCGCUCUACGUCGGACACAAUACCUACUUUGUCGGCACAGACUCGGUCAGUCGCCGUUCGCAGGUCCUUCGCCAUGUCGCCAACAGAUGCGCCACGCUGGGGAUAGGGCAGCUGCCCAUGUUGAUCUUGCUGGCGAGUAAGAGGACACCCGUGGCGCUGCUCAGCCAGCUAUCGAUGAGCGCGAUGAUGCUGUUCCAUAGGUGGAUCGCCCGGAUGUGCUAUCUGCACAUCAUCAUUCACAUUCUAUGCAACGCGCUCAUCUUUCACUUCAGCAUCGGCUUUGCCGAGAGUCUGAAGCAGCCGCCAGUGCAAGUGGGGACUGUCGCCACCGUGAUGCUUUUUGGACUGGUGUUCCUGUCACUCAGGACACUCCGCAAGAAUCACUACGAGGUAUUCGUGUUCCUCCAUAUCAGCAUGGCCCUGACUAUGCUGGUCUGCAUCUAUCUUCACAUCAAGCUCCUGCACCAAGGCAGACUCGGACUGCAGAUGUUCGUCAUCGAGCUGACCGCCGGCUUUUGGGCUUUCGACCGGGCGAUCCGACUCGUGGGUCGAGUCGUCAUGUCAAUCUCCUGGCGAUACGCCGAUGGAGCGGGCACCACUCGCAAAGCCGAGUUGACAUCGUAUGGCGAUGGUGCGUACAUUCGUGUGAGAAUCCAAGUUCCGCUCUCGCGACUUCGUCUUCCUCCCAGCGCGACGACCUCUCUGACCGGGUCUUGGAUCGACCUCGAAGACGAGAGCAAGGGGCGCGGCGGUCGCAGAGUGAACUCUCCAUCCAAUGCCUCACUGCUGGACUUCGCUCGGAUCGGUGCCGGUGAUGAUAUCCGCAUCUCUGUACCCCGUCUGCAGUGGGUGGGCGACCAUCCGUUCUCGGUCUUUGCCGUGGGACGGUGCAAGAACGGACGGCGGGGAAUGGGCUUCGUCGACCUCAUUGUUCAGCGUCAGUCGGGUCUGACGCAGAAACUAUCUGACCUGGCGGAAGAGCUCGGCACACCUGCGGCCCACUUUGACGGAAGUGCACGCGAUGCGUAUGCGCAAUCUGCGACACAUCAGAAGGGCAAGCGUGUCAGGGUGGUGGUCGACGGCCCGUUUGGUCGAAGCCCGUCCCUCGAGGGUGCACAACACGCCGUGUUGGUCGCGGGCGGUAUCGCUAUCACCUUUUGCUACCCGCUACUGGUCAAAGCGGCCAGAGGUGACUUCGGCAGCCUCGAGACGUGCAAGCUCGUUUGGAUCGUGCGCAACGAAGCCAUUCUGGAUGUGCUCCGCGAUAGUCUGCCCGAGCUGCUGGAGGAGAUCAGCCUCCAAGGCAAUCGUCGCUGCCAACUCUCGAUCGACAUCUACGUGACUUACAAAGCGAAACCUUCAAGCAACGAGUCAUCGACAACUUUGGUGGGGUCAGCCAAGCAGAAGCUGCCCUCCAAACUCGCUCCGACCUGGCACUUGCCCAUCUUCUUGCCACGGUCCCAGUCUUCGUCCUCUACCGACACGUUCGUGUGUGUGGAGCGCUCUCCGAGUACGAGAUCUGUCGGUCAAUCUCCAUCCGAGGUCAAGCUGUGGCCUGGUAUCAAGUACAAGCAAGAGAAGGAGCUCGAUCUGGUGCCUGUCUUGACGAGAAGCCGCUCCCCUUCCAGACCCUCUCCAAUUCAGCACAGUAAGGCUGUCGCUGCCGGUACGGGGAUCGAUGUAACGUUCUCGUUCGACAACAGGUACUCGCCAGUGGAGUCCAGCGAAGGAGGAUCCGCCGCUCACAGGGACUCAACACAUUGGUCCUGUAGCUUCUCUCCGUCGCGGAGGUCGUCGACAAGAUCAGCGGACUCGGGUGACACGCCUUCGCAGACGGAUUUGUCCACCCUGGUAGCACCCGAGCCGUCCUUCAGCUGGCGCGCAGGGCUCGCUGGUUCUGAUCGAAGCAAGGAGAGUCUGGAUCAGGCCCUCGUCUGCAAGCUCACACGAAGCGAGUUUCUGGAUGCCAGCCCGGCCCCGCAUUCUUGCGAGGUGACUUCGGAUACUAGUGAUCAGUUCGCAGAAGAUCGCAGACGAGGCGGCCUAUCCUGCCCGAGAUCCGGUCAGCUGAGCGCGCAUCCGCUCUGGACGCCUCAGAGUGCGACUCAUCACCGAUUCCACUCGCCUCAAGACGUUCUUGCGGAAACGGACGCAGCCGCUCUGAUCGAGAUUCGACGCUUCAGUGGUAGACCACGCUCAAUGGCACUCGUCCAUCAGCAUAUCACCGACCAUGCAGACGGACAGUUCGCGGGAAGGACCGUCUUCGCGACAUGUGGACCCGCUGCCAUGUGCGACUCGGUCCGUGCCGAGGUCGUGUCGCUGCUGAAGCAAGGAAGGGAUGUGUCACUGGUCGAGGACUGCUUCAACUGGUGA